AUGGAAUAUUUUUGGAAUCGAACCGGAACCGCAAUUUUUGAAUCAUUGGGGACCGGACCCGGAAACGCGGUUCCGGUUCCCGGUUUGGUCCCGGGAGCUUCACAAAAAAAUGAUCAACGAAUACAAAGUCUUUUUUAUCGUAAAUCAAAACUUGAAAGUGUCAGUGAAACAUCAGCAUUAUUAAGUGGAUUUGCUAUUGUUGCAAUUGUUGAAUUAUCAUUAGAUUCAUAUAAAGAUUAUAGUUCAAAUAAUGGUUUAAUAAUAUGUUAUGCAAUAAUAUCAUGUUUAUUAGUCGGAAUUCAUUUACUUGCUUUACUAAUGUCAAUGUGUAUAUUACCUGAAUUAAAAAGUGUUAUACGUCAAAGUGAUUGUUGGAUAAAUAAUGAAAAUAAUAAACCAUUAUCAUCAUUAAAUAUUUACAUUGAAAUUGCAUGGGUUGUAUCGACUGGUCUUGGUCUUUUUUUAUUUCUUAUUGAACUUGGUAUUAUAAUAUGGAUUAAAGUAAGCAGUUUUUCACGUUUAGCUGCUAUAUCUUCACUUAUUACAUUGUGUCUUGUUGGUUGUCCAUUUAUUAUAUUUGCUGUUGGUUUUUAUAUUCAUGUAUCAAGAGCCAAAGUUUAUUUACAUCAAAUAAAUUUAGAAAAAGUUGAACGUGGUGCUAUUGCUCAUGGACUUUUUUUAAAUAAUCCAGUUAUUAAACCACCAACAACUGUUGAAUUUCAUAUAGAUGAAGAUCAUUCAAUGUAA